GCAUGUGAAAGAAAAGCGCGCGAGGGUAUAUAAUUCAUCUCUGAUAGAUAAAAGGAGCUCUGCAAAAAUGACUCCCAAUGACCUUGCGAGUGAAUCGAGUGACGCUGAUGGAUCUUCCAAAACGAGGGAGUCCCAAAAUGAUGAAACUGAGAAAAAGAACAUAGACGAUGCUUCCAAAGGCAGUGAGGUGGAAGACAAUUGUGAGCGAAGAGAAAAACGGGAUAGAAGUUCCUCUCGCGAGUCGUACAGGCCAGAAAAAAAGAAGCUGUGCUGUUGUCACGAAAAGGGCACCUCCAAGUGCUCCAGCAAAUCCGGGAAGAGUGGCUCAACCCCUAAGGUGAAGAAUUCGGACACGCUAAGCACAGCCUCCACAGGAAUCAACGAAUGUGCAAACAGCUCGGAGAGCAUAAAUGAGCCCUUUAAAUUUUUUAUCGGUGGUAUUCCACAGAACAUCUCAAAUAAGUACCUAAUAGAAUACUUCGAAAAAUACGGGCCCGUGCAGAAUGCGGUCAUCGCGCAAGACCACGAGACGAAGAGAAACAGGGGAUUUGCGUUCGUUACAAUGUCAUCUCAAAUAAAUAAAGAUAAAAUCCUAAUAGACACGCAUGAAUUCAACGGGAAGAGAGUGGACGUUCGCGAGGAGCAUAACACGACCCCCUCAGACAUCCAGCGUAAAAUAUUCGUAGGAGGACUGAACUACUACUGGACUAAGGACACCCUGGAGAGCUACUUCUCCGCCUUCGGCGAAAUCGAUGUAGUUCAAAUUGUGUUGGAUUCUUCGGGCAGAUCCCGAUGUUUUGGCUUUGUGGUCUUCGCAAAUGAAUCAUCCGUGGCCAAAGUUCUGAAGCACAGGCGGCACAAAAUAUACGACAAGAUGGUCGAGGUUAGAAAAGCGGAGCCCAAAAAGCCCAAGAUGGCCAUGAAACGGCAACACACCAAAAGCCGCUCCAAGUUCGCGCACCCCCCGCCAUUCAUGGCGCCCUUCCCCUGCAACAAAGAAACGAUGGCGCACUGGGCUAACUUUAUGUACAACGCUUGUGGAAUGCCCUUUUUAUUUAACCACCGAUUUCAAAACAUGCCGGAUUUUUACCCGAACUACGGCUUCUAUCCCAACCCGAUGGAAAACUCGCAUCCGCCAGAUUAUAACAACUAGCUGCCGCGAUGUUGUGACGUUGCUGUGAUGCUUGCGCAGUUACACCUUUUUUGCGCACCUUCAGUGAUGAUGGUGGUGUCUCUUUGGUGGUUCCCUAAUUUUGCCGUUAAUACCCAUUGUGAUGAUAAUUUUUUUUUUUUUUUUUCUUUCCUCAAGAAAGGGAGCCUUUUAAUGUACAUUGUUGGCGAUGCAUUGUUCUUUGCAAAGUGUCUUAAUAUUUUACAUAA